AUGCAGAAUUCAAACCGUUCGCCAGAACACCUAGGGGUUUAUAUAUACUCUCUCUGCUAUAAACUCCUCACUAUACUACAUGUCAAUGUCCACAACCCCUCAUCUUGUGAUACGCGGUUCAAGUCCAUGAGAGAGGAAGUUCCGCUUUGUGCAACUCAUUCGGAAGAAAACAUUGAUACGAGAAUAUCUUCUAAAGUUGAUCGUUCGUGGAAUCCACACGUUCCACUGCCAUUUUCAAUGCUACAUCCUCAAUGGCCGACGAUAUACAUGAGGCGCCAGCGCAUACCCGCUCCGGACCGUCCUUUAAUACGGCAUCAGCCGUACACAAAUGGUCGAGAGCGGUUUAAAGUGCGGGACGAGGACAGUAGUCGGGACUUUCUGGACUGUGCUAUGCCUGUAGCCAUGGCUCAACAAAUUGUCCCCCGAUUUUCAGGAACUCAGUCCUCUCCUCUCGCCUCCCCUCCUGAAAUUGUGGUUUAUGUAAGGUUGCUAAAGGUCACCCUGGGCUGCUGUGUAGAUUUAGGUGUUGUGUUACUUCGUUUGCGCGACUUGCACGAGGAUGAAUUUAGCCGAGUGGUUGGCAUCGUGAUAGGAAAUCACAGGCAUCCUACAGCCACUUUUCAAGAAACACAGUGGAGGUGGCAUGCAAAUAAAACGAAGAUGAACGCAUCGUCUCCUGUUAUAAGAGAGCCCUUCAGAUCUACACUCCACCCAAUAUUGCCCUUGGUCUGGUCGACGCAUCGGGGUAAGCUCUCUAUCUAUAGGAAGAGUUACUGGUUUGUAAGAUAUGAAAAUGGUACAACAGGUUACGGUCUAGAUGAAAACUCUCAAGUAGAGAUUCUGAACCCAGAUCAUCGAGAUAAUAUAUUCGCUAAGAGAGCGAAGUACCCUGAGACCGGGCUCUUAAUUCGGGAAAUAUUUCAUCAGAAGCCUCGAACCAAAGCACAGCUGACUGAGACUCCUCGCGUGCCUACGAAAAGUGCCCCGGAGAGGCAUGUGAUGAAUUCCGUUUACAUUGGGGUUUUCCUUCGGAUAUGUGUUUCUGGAUCUAUUGCUUCGAUAAAUCUGGCUAGCGGACAAUGGAAGCGCGGUUCGUGA